GAAGACCAAUCAUCUCAUCAAAGUGUCAUACAAUUCAGAUAGCCAGCUGCUACGCUUUAGGAGAAUUACCCCUGAACAGUACCUACUAAAAAUAAAUUUGAGUCACAUACAUUGUGUAGAUCAACGCCAUACCUUAAGAGCUGAUUUACACUUCGACAUUUUGACCACAUCAAACUAUCCUAUUAUCAAUAUAUUGAGAAAUGCUAGUCUUGAAGUUGCAAGACAUUUACUCGGGAAUUUUAGUAAUCGCCCUAUUGACAUUGGCUCAAAUUACCUACGCAUCCCAUGUGACAAGUUCGAACGGUUUAAGCUCGCCACCGAAGGCGAAUGUGGGGGACACAUACAGUUCGUUUGGAAGCGAAGCAACUAAUGGCUUCAGUGAUAAAAAAUGUGGCCAGAUUACACAAUACACCUACCAGGCAACCCCAGCUCCAGCAAAUACCGUUACGUUCAGAUAUGGCAUGUACGGUCGUACACUUGAAGAGUCUGCUCAAGCCUUCAACGGCUACCAAAAUUUCAUGAAUGGCGAUGUUCCAAAUGAUCUUUACGCUAUUGUCACUCUUGGUUCUGAUUCAUUACAAUCGCCAAUUUCACGAAUUUGGGCCGUUAGGUUAGGUUAG